AUGAGCGGUCCACCAUCAGAGACAGCUGAAAAGAAGUCAGUACAUUCGCCUCCGGUACCACAUUCCGAUAUCGAGAUCGGCAGCAUUGAUUUCGUCACGGAAAGCACCAAAGAUGGCGACGAGGCCCUCCGUUUCCUAAGAAAUCAGCAUGAUGUUGGUCAGAUGACUUCCGAGGACGAGAGAAAGUUGGUAAAGAAGAUAGACCGGAUGAUCAUGCCGUUGAUGUGGUGUUGUUACUGCUUACAGUAUCUCGAUAAGACUUUGGUGAAUUAUGCGGCCGUCAUGGGCCUUUACGACGACGCCAAUAUUACCACGGCGCAAUUCUCGAACCUCGCUCUCUUCUUCUAUGUGUCGUAUCUGGCCCUCGAAUUUCCUCACGGAUGGGGUAUGCAACGCUAUCCGACCGCAAAGUAUCUUGGUGCCGCUGUCGCGCUGUGGGGUUUGGUGACUGCCCUGACAUGUGUGUGCAAGAAUUAUGGCGCACUUGUCGCAACUCGGAUCCUACUAGGGUGCUUUGAAUCGGCGGUCGCGCCAAGCUUGAUCUUGAUAACAGGAAUGUGGUACAAGAAGCAGGAACAACCGUUGCGUACCGGCAUCUGGUAUCUGGGUGUUGGAACAGGGACGAUGAUCGGGUCGCUGAUCUCUUUUGGCUUCCAACACUACACAAGUAAGACCUUCACAAGCUGGCAGAUCAUGUUCUUGGUCGUCGGCCUCAUCACAGUCUCAGUGGGCGUGCUCGUCAUGCUUUUGCUUCCAGACAACCCGAUGUCGUCGCGCCUGACUCCUUCAGAGAAGGUAUGGGCCGUCGAACGCCUGCGUGAAAACCAGACUGGAAUCGAGAACAAGCAUUUCAAAUGGCACCAAGUCGUUGAAUGUCUCAAAGACCCGCAAACCUGGAUGCUUUCGCUGAUCACCAUCUCCUCAAACGUCCCCAAUGGUGCCGUAUCGUCCUACCAGGCCACACUGAUCAAGGGUUUCGGUUUCGACUCCAAGCACACAGCCCUCCUUCAGCUCCCAUCUGGGGCAGUGAGCGUCAUCUCCAUUCUUAUGGCCGCCUAUCUCGCUGGUCACUUCGAUCAACGAGGUCUCAAUGUCGUAACUCUUCUUGUCCCUGGUGCCAUUGGAGGCGCUCUCAUGGCCUUCUUGCCCAAUUCGAACAAAGCCGGAAAGCUAAUUGGCAACUACCUCACCAACUGCAUCGGCGCCAGUCUGCCAUUGCUAUACUCUUGGGUCGCCGCCAACAUUGCCGGACACACCAAGAAGGUGACAAUGAACGCGAUUCUGCUCAUGUCGUUCUGUCUCGGUAAUAUCAUCGGCCCAUUGACUUUUAGGCAGAAAGAUGCACCAGAGUUCGUGCCUGCAAAGAUCACAAUCAUUGUGACUUGCGCGAUUGCAGCGGGGUUGACCUUGUUGUUGAGGAUGUACUAUUCCUGGGAGAACAAGAGGAGAGAGGCCCUGGCUGUGGGGAGGGUGAAGGACGAGGAGUUUUUGGAUCUCACGGAUAAGGAGAACAAGCACUUUAGGUAUCGAUUGUAG